AUCCCGUCGGGAACCAGUUCUCACAGUCGCAUACGAUUGGCUAAUAAGGGUAUCCGACGGAUGGAGAGUUACGGCUUCGGCGACCAUUAUAUUCACCUUAAGAUCAAAGUUCCUCAGAAAUUGUCGUCAAAGCAAAAGGCAUUGGCGUUAGUAUUGGCCGAAUUGGAUGAAUCGGCGACUAAAAUAAAGGGCACUAUUAAUGGCAUAAUCGAGACCAGCGAUGGGCCGACCGCUGAGGGCGACUCCGAGUACGAAGAGUUGAUUAAUAAUAUACGCAAUGCGUUGGACACCGACUCAGAAGAGGCGGACAGAGCGGCCGAUAAGAAGGAGUCGUGAAUACAAUAGACUUAUGUUUAGAUACCAUAUAAUUAAUUAAUUGUUAUAUAAAUAUAUCGUUUAAUUAUUAUUAUUAUA